UCCGAAAAAGCUGGUCAAUCUUUGUGUCGGGAAAAGUGUUGUACAAGUUGUCAGUGUUUUGACAUGGCUUUACCGUUUUCCUUUAAAGCCCAAACUAUUAUCGCAGAGGGAAAAACUUCCCAAAUUGCUGUUGAUACCAUCAGGGACUGGUUACAAACAACAUCGCUUCCGCUGCUGCAGGAUGAAUUUAUUGUGAUAUUUUUAAUCUCAAGUGAAAACAAAAUAGAUAAGGCGAAACAAAUAAUCGAGGCUUAUUUCAGAAUUAAGAAUGGAUAUCCAAAAAUUUUUAACAACAUCGAUUUGAACAGUGAACCGAUAAAAAAUAUACAAAAAGUCGCAGGCGUGUGUAUACUUCCUAACAGAAUAGACAAUAAAUCAGUUGUAGUUUUUGGAAAAUUAACUGACACUAAUUACCGAAAUGUACAACUUUUGCCUGCGAUAAAGUUGGCUAUUAUGUACAUACACAUGGUUCAAAUUGACGACCCUCCAAGCGACAUAGUCGCGGUGGUUGAUAUGGAAGGGGUUGGUUUCAUGCACCUCACAUGCAUUAAAAUGGACCUCGCUCUUGCAUAUCUGAAGUUUAUCCAAGAAGCAUUGCCGCUGAAAAUAAGAGCGGCUCACGUUUUAAACACCAACUACAUUUUUUAUCGAGGCCUUAAUCUGUUCAAAAGGUUUAUCAACAGCGAAAUCUUGAAACUGGUUCAUCCACAUCCUUCAGGAAUGAAACUUGAAAAGUUUCACGAAGAGUGUGUGCCAGCAUCUUGUUUACCCAAAGAAUAUGGCGGCGAGAUACCCUUCGAACAGUUGGUGAGUCGAACGCAGAAGGAGAGCAAGAAAAUGCAAUCAUUUUUGGACGCAGAAGAAAAAUUUAGAAAAUGCUUAUAAAUUUUGGGUUUUUGUUUCAUUAUUUUUAGUGCUGUGAUGAAAACUUCUGGUGAUGUUAUUUCUGCGGGGGUGUUAUUUCUGAAAAAAAGAAAAAUGUUUGCAAAAGUUCGAAGAUACCCGCAGACUACCCACCUGAAAGUUUUUUUAUAAUCAAAGUAUAGUUUAGCUUUUUAAAAAUAAAAAUAGUCGUAAUAA